UAAUUAUUAAUACUUGAAUGAAUGAAUAUCCUCAAAGUUAGUUCUAAUAUAUCAAAACCUACUUUCUGAAGAAUAGUAUUGCAAAAUAAUUAAUACCUGAUAAUUUAGAUGAUAUUUACCCAGAGUAAUCAUGAAAUUUAAAUUUAGAGCAUUAGAUGAAUACCCUACCAAUACUUAAUCCCACAGAAGAAUAAAAUCUGAUAUUGUUUAAAAAAAAGAAGCAUAAAAGCAUAAUUUCGUUUAAUAGUUUUCAUAACAAACCGAUACAUCGACCUAAAAUCAGAGCUUUAAAUCAUAAGGCAUUUUAAAAAAAACGCAAAGAAGCACAACAAAUCCAGGCGAUAAAAGAAAGACCCAUAAAAAAAAAGUUCAUUUUCUAUGA